AAGAGCGUGACAGCUUUGUCAAAUUUCCACGUAGCGUUCUUUCGUUUCCGGCAUCUUCGAGGUGCGAGAACACAUUUCGUGGUUUAAAAGAAAAUCUCUUUUAAUUAAACAACCACCUUCAUAAUGGUCAAGGCCAAGCGUGAGAAGAAGCCGAAGUCGGCUAUUAACGAGGUGGUGACACGGGAGUGCACCAUCAACUUGAACCGCCGGUUGCACAAGGUGGGCUACAAAAAGCGAUCGCCGCGGGCCAUCAAGAUUGUGCGCAAAUUUGCCGAGAAAGAGAUGGGCACCACAGACGUGCGCAUCGACACUCGCCUGAACAAGGCCAUCUGGCACCGUGGAAUCCGAAACCCACCAUUCCGCAUACGCGUGCGCCUCUCCCGCCGCCGUAACGACGAUGAGGAUUCCCCCAACAAGCUGUACACGCUGGUCACGUACGUUCCAGUGUCCACGUUCAAGGAGCUGCAAACCGAGAACGUUGAAUCGACGGAAGACUAAGCUGCCAAGGUUGCUUCGGGGCUUUGUAAAUAUUGUGAAGCUUCGUACUCUUGGUGCCGGUGUUUUGGAUCGUUCGUGGGAGAAUAAAGAGAAGUGAGGAGAGUGCCCCAUAAGAUCAGAGCAGCUCUCCUGAAUCGA